UCACAUUUCUCCUCACUACUAAGAAAAACAAGUUCAUAUAUUUUAAUUUAUAUGGCUUUCUCAGUCUUACCCUCCUCACCAUCAAUCAGAAGAUCCAUUUCAUAUCCAAGAAGCAUGGUUGUUUCUAAUAAAAUGUCUGAUAAUAAAAUUAAUAAUGUUGGAGAAGGGUUCCUUUCACCUCCAAACAAGGGCAUCUACAAAAGCCGACGCUCCCUUCAAGACUUGACCGUUGCGAGUGUUGCGAGUCGUCUACCGCCUCCGUCAGUGGCGGAAGGGCACUGGCACCAUAGCGCAUGGACUAGUAUCCGUCAAGAGAGAUGGGAAGGGGAGCUGGUUGUCCAAGGAGAAAUACCAUUGUGGCUGAAAGGAACAUACCUGAGGAAUGGGCCAGGCAUGUGGCACAUUGGAGACUACAACUUCCGGCACCUCUUUGACGGUUACGCCACCCUCGUCAAGCUCCACUUCGAAGACGGCCGGUUAAUCGCCGGCCACCGCCAACUGGAGUCACAAGCCUACCAAGCCGCCAAAAAGAACCAAAAGAUCUGCUACCGCGAGUUCUCGGAGGUACCAAAGGCGGAGAACUUCCUGGCAUACGUGGGAGAAUUGGCGAGCCUGUUCUCCGGCGCAUCCCUGACGGACAACGCCAACACCGGAGUGGUGAGGCUCGGCGACGGCAGGGUGGUGUGCCUGACGGAGACACAGAAGGGGUCUAUCGUGAUAGACCCCGAAACACUGGAGACUAAGGGAAAAUUCUGCUACAGCGAUUCUUUGGGGGGUUUGAUUCACUCGGCGCAUCCGAUUGUGACGGAGGAGGAGUUCUUGACUCUGUUGCCGGAUCUGGUGAAGCCUGGCUACGUGGUGGCAAGAAUGGAGAAGGGAAGUAAUGAGAGGAAGGUGAUUGGAAGAGUCAACUGUAGGGGUGGCCUGCAGAAUUAUGUUGUUGUUCCCGAAAUGCCCUUGAGGUACUCUGCUCAGAAUCUUCUUAAGGCUGAGCCUACCCCUUUGUACAAGUUCCGCUGGUACCCUCACAACAAUGCUUACAUGCAUGUCAUGUGCAAGGCCACUGGCAAGAUUGUGGCAAGUGUGGAGGUGCCUCUGUUUGUUCAGUUCCAUUUCAUAAAUGCAUAUGAAGAGAAAGAUGAAGAUGGAAGAGUUACGGCGAUAAUCGCCGACUGUUGUGAGCACAAUGCAAAUACCGACAUUCUUGAGAAGCUCAGACUAAACAACCUUCGUUCCUAUAAUGGUGAAGAUGUUCUACCCGACGCUAGGGUUGGUCGAUUCCGAAUACCUUUUGAUGGGAGUCCAUAUGGAACCUUGGAGGCAGCAUUAGAUCCAAAUGAACAUGGGAGAGGCAUGGACAUGUGCACCAUAAACCCUAAUUAUUUAGGAAAGAAAUAUAGAUAUGCUUAUGCUUGUGGAGCACAUCGCCCUUGUAACUUUCCCAACACCAUCACCAAGAUUGAUUUUGAGUUGAAAAAGGCUAAGAACUGGUAUGAAGAAGGUACUGUGCCCUCGGAACCAUUCUUUGUAGCUCGGCCGGGUGCAAUCGAAGAAGACGAUGGCGUGGUAAUCUCAGUAGUUAGUGAGAAAAAUGGAGGAGCAUAUGCGUUGGUGUUAGAUGGUUCCACUUUUCAAGAGAUUGCUAGGGCCAAGUUCCCUUAUGCAAUUCCAUAUGGGUUGCAUGGAUGCUGGGUUCCAAAAAAUUAGCAACAUAUAUGGCUAUAAAUUGAUGCUUUAAUUACGUUGCUUGGACAUGGAUCCACAAGAAAUAGUGCUUCAACUCGAAGUGCAUGCAUGGUUAGGAACCGUGGUUCUAUAUAUGAGUGCAAGCUGAAUAGCUAGCUGAUGGUGGUUAAAAGCUAAGUUUAUGUGUAUGAUAUAAAGUAGCAUUUAGGGAAUUCGUUUAUCCCGCUGCACUAUAAAUUAUAAUAUACACUUUGUGGAUUAUAUAUUGAUAAUUCAUAAAUUUUAUAGGUUUAAUAAUAUGUUAUGAAUCCUUGUUCUAAAUCAAGAGUAUUAUAUGUUAAUAAAUAAUUGACUUUGAUGGUGC